AUGCUCUUCGGGAAACUGAGGCUGGGGGGGUGCCGCGGGGAGCCCAAGGUCACGCCUCGAGCAGGGCCGGCGCCUGAGCGCGGAGCUGAGGUCCCCGCAGAGGACACGGCCCCGGCCGGGGAGCUGUCCGCGGUGCUGACGGUGCCGCGCGUCCGCCCUCGGGCCACCGAGGAAACUGAGGCCCACGGCCCCGGUCGAGCUUCAGGGCGCGGCCUGGACCGGCCCGCCCCACCCCGGUCCCCAGCGGCAGCUCCUUGUCACCUGCCAGGGCCCUGCCCCGUCACCCAGCCCGCGGCCCCGUCCGUCCUCGCGGCCUUCAGGGAGCUCCAGCCUGGACCCCGAGCCCGGACCCCCCAGCACGUGCACGCAGAGCCAAGCGGGGUCUGUGGGGAGGCGCCGGCCUGGCUCCCGCCCCAGGUUCUGCCCGUGCAGCCGCAGGAGGUUCCAGGAGGUCCCCCCGCACACGCAGCCCCGCGCCCCGCGGCCGCCGCCGGUCCCGCGCCGCCAUUGGCUGUUGCCAUGGCACCAGCCCGUCUUCCCGCGCCGCCAUUGGCCGCCGCGCCUGCAUCCCCGGCCGCGCAGCCUCCCCCGCGCGCGGUGGGCUCGCCCAGAGCCGGGAGCCGCGGCGCCGCCUGGCCGGGCCGGACCGGGCUUUGUCCGCCGCGGAGCCCCGGAGCCUGCGCCCUGCGGCCGCCCGGCCGGGAUUCCAGGCGAGGCCCGCGGAGCUGCGCGCAGGGAGCGGGCCCCAGGCCGGGCGCCCCAGCCAGCCCGGCGGCAGGUCAGCGGGCGCGUGUGACCUGGGCGGAGCGGUCCCCACCCCCUCUCUCGGCCUCGCCCGUCACCACAGACCCUGGAACCUUCAUUGCUCCGGGGCGGGAGCUGCAGGGGAAACUGAGUCCCGGGGAGGACGGACCCGCGCACGCACCCACCUCCCCCGGAGGUGAUGGGAGGCGGGGAUGGGCGGGAGUCUGCGGGCCUGCUGUGUGCCUUGGGGGUGUAGCCGCGCCCUCCUGGGCGUCAAAGAGGGGGCCGGGGUUAAAGGAGUGA